AUGAAGAUGAGGAGGAGAACCCAGAUCAUUCUUUCACUUGUAAUACAACUCUUGGUCAUUCCGAGUCAUUUACAUGCCCGAUUCGAUCGAUCACAAGGCAAUAGUCCCACGGUAGCAAAUGAGGUUCGGGUUGGAGUGAUUCUCGAUCUGGGUUCAUGGGUUGGGAAGACAAUUCAUAGUUGCAUUACCAUGGCAAUUUCUGAUUUUUAUGCUGUGAAUAGUCACCACAAAACAAGGAUUGCGCUUCAUACCAGGGAUUCCAAAGGAGAACCCUUGCAAGCUUUAUCAGCAGGCAAUAGUCCCACGGUAGCAAAUGAGGUUCGGGUUGGAGUGAUUCUCGAUCUGGGUUCAUGGGUUGGGAAGACAAUUCAUAGUUGCAUUACCAUGGCAAUUUCUGAUUUUUAUGCUGUGAAUAGUCACCACAAAACAAGGAUUGCGCUUCAUACCAGGGAUUCCAAAGGAGAACCCUUGCAAGCUUUAUCAGCAGCUCUUGAUCUUCUGGAAAAUGGCAAGGUGCAAGCAAUUAUUGGUCUGGAAAUGUCAUUUGAAGCAAAGGUUUUGGCCCUAUUGGGAGACAAAGCCAAUGUUCCUAUCCUUUCUUUCAGCACAAGUCCUUCAUCCUCCACUGAAUAUCCAUAUCUUGUUCAAAUUACACAAGAUGCAUCCAUUCAAUUUGAAUGCAUUGCUAGCAUUGUAGACUCAUUUAAAUGGAGGGAUGUUGCUAUUAUAUAUGAGGACACCGAUGAAGGGAGAGAAAUCUUGCCGUAUUUGGUUGAAUCUUUCCAAGACAAGAACAUUCAAAUAGCUUGUAGAAGUGCCAUUUCUCCCUCAGCCACGGAUAAUCAAAUCCUUGAAGAGCUCCAUAAGCAGAUGAGCAUCCAAACAACUGUAUUUGUUGUGCAUAUGUCACCUCCUCUCGCGUCUCGCCUUUUCUUGAUUGUGAAAAGGUUUGGAAUGAUGAGCGAAGGAUAUGCUUGGAUUAUAACUGAUAAGACUAUGAAUCUCUUCCGUUCAUUGGAUUGGAAAGUCAUCGAGUCAUUGCAAGGGGCAUUGGGUAUUAAGUCCUACAUUCCCACAUCAACCGAGCUCCACAACUUUACCAGAAGGUGGAAAAAUGAAGUUUACAAGGACCCUACUAUAGAAGUGAAGCAUUUAAAUAUGUUUGGCAUAUGGGCAUAUGAUGCAAUUUGGGCACUCGCAAAGGCCUUCGAGAGGGUAGGGGCUGAUACUCCUGCUGCCAUGGAUGAUCAAGGCACAGGAUUGAACUCAGUCUAUUUAGCUAACAUUUCUGUCUCCGAAAUUGGCAGAAUACUACUGAAUGAGUUACUGAAAAUCAGAUUCAAGGGUUUAAGUGGUGAGUUCCAAAUUCUGAAUGGAAAACUGGCCUCCAAUGCAUUGGAAAUUCUGAAUUUGAUUGGCAAAGGAAAGAGAAGGGUUGGGUUUUGGACAUCAACAAAUGGAAUCACCAAAGUAAUAUACUCAUCCGGUAACAGAAAGUAUGGAUCUUCCAGUAACAGUCUGGAAACCAUUAUAUGGCCAGGAGGGUCUGCAACUAUUCCAAAGGGUUGGAUGAUGAGAAUGGGUGGGAAAAAGCUCAGAAUUGGUGUUCCAACAAACUCAGAAUUCAAGGAGUUGGUGUCUGUGGAUCGAAAUCCUGAGACCAAUGAAACAACUGUGUCUGGAUAUUGUAUAGAUGCAUUCAAUGCUGCCAUGGGAGCCUUACCAUUUGCAGUAACCUAUGAAUUCAUUCCAUUUGUGGGCGACAACGGAAAGAAUUUAGGAUCGUACAAUGAUCUUACCUAUCAGGUGUAUCUACAGAAAUAUGAUGGAGCUGUGGGGGAUAUAACAAUUAUGGCGAAUAGAAGUCAGUAUGUUGACUUUACAAUUCCUUUCACCGAUGAGGGUGUCGGACUGAUAGCUCGUAAACCUAUGGAUAACAAAAACAUGUGGAUCUUCUUGAAGCCUCUUGAUGGGAAGCUAUGGCUAGCAACUGCAGCUUGCUUCAUAUUAACGGGCUUUGUGGUUUGGGUUAUUGAACAUCCCAUAAAUGAAGAGUUCCAAGGUUCACUAGCUCAACAAAUUGGAACUGUGUGCUGGUUCUCUUUUUCAGCUCUUGUUUUUGCUCAUAGAGAGAGAUUGUUAAGCAAUUUGUCCAAAUUCGUGGUGAUCAUUUGGGUCUUCAUACUGCUCAUACUGACUUCUAGUUACACUGCAACUUUGAGUUCACUGUUGACGGUUCAGCAAAUUCAAGAAUCAAAGAGGGAUUAUAUAGGUUACCAUUCUGACUUUUUCGGUGGGCAACGAUAUAUUCCUAUUGCCAACAAAGUGAAUUUCAAGGAUGAUAGGCUUAAACCCUAUACAUCACAGGAGGAAUACGUCGAUGCUCUGUCAAAAGGAAGUAAGAAUGGCGGUGUAGACGCCAUCGCUGAUGAAAUUCCAUACAUUAAAGUUUUCCUUGCCAAGUAUCCGGCUGACUAUGCUAUGAUCGCUUAUGAAUCUACCUCCAAUGGCUUUGGCUUUGUCUUCCAGAAAGGUUCACCUUUGGUGCCUGAGGUAUCAAAGGCAAUUGCAAAACUAAGAGCAGAAGGAAAACUUGUGAUGCUGGAGAAGGCAUGGUUUAAUGGAUCAUCUUUUAUGCCUCAGAGCUCUGUCAGUCACCCCAACAACACUCUGAACCUUGAGAGUUUCAGUGGUUUAUUUCUUAUAAGUGGGGUCACUUCGGCCAUAACCCUUCUCAUUUUCUUAGUUUGCUUUCUUAGAGAAAGAUUUGCUGUUCAAAAUCAUAUCUUGACAAUCCUAGCUCAAGGACAGCCGCUAUUGUUCUUGAUGAGGUACAUUUUCACUAGAAAUGUUACAUAA